AUGGAUUCUGAGGACGUAAGGCUGAGCUGCGAUGUGGAGUGUGUUUCCCAGAAGAUCAAAGAGGAAGGGACGAUUUCCUGUCUGGAGAAGAUUCUGUUUGAGCACAGGUACGACUCUGGGUAUGCGGAAAAGUUUUACAGUGCGCUUACUGGCAAGGAGGAUGAUUGGGUGUCUGAUGUCUAUGAAGUAUUUGGAAGACAGUUUCUCCAGAACAGGUCAUAUGGGAGCAUGGUUGGGGUGCUCCAGCCAUGGCUUGACUCUGUGAAGAAAAGAUAUAAUGUUGAAGAGUGCAUGAAGCUCUUUGAGUAUUUUAACAAGGUAUAUGAGGAGGUAUCUGAGGGCACAAAGGAGGGGAUGUAUAGUACAUUUGUUGGGAUUCUUCUGGACCUCAGCCUGACGCUGAACAAAGGGGGAGUGCUGUAUGAAUCAUAUGUUGUGUGCGAGAAGGCGUGCGAGAUCAUAACGCAGAUGGGGAGAUUUCCAUCGAGGGCCACGGCUGUACUGUAUAUGGAGCUUCUUUGCACGUUUUUCCUUGAGUCUUGUAUGCUCUUCUCGUAUGCCAACGCCGUUAACGCUCUUACAUCUUUGGACCCUAAGGCUAUACGCGGCCAAUGCAGCAUUGAGGACUUCCGGUCUUUGUGUUCGUAUGCGCUUCUCAAGAAUGAGGGGGAUAAGCUGAAGAAGCUGUUCUGUAAGGCCAAGCUUUCGAACUUGGAAAAGAUUCUCGAUGAGGUUGGCAAGAGAUGUUCUGGGAUUGAGGUACCCAACGAUACUCUUAUCCGAAGGAAGUUUGAUUUUGGAAUGUGGAGCAGGUAUUCAAGAAGCAUUGGAAGCAGCGUUCCAAUUAGAGAAAACAUGGAUUUGAUUGGGUUUAUGAAGAAGAACGACCUCAGGUUUUCUGUUGAGGGUUCGGAUGUCACUAUAGAAGGGUUUGAAUACAAGACUGUUGAAAAGAAAGUGUUUGAGAUCAUCGACGAAUACAAAGAAAAGGCAAGACCGACUUUGAGGCCUGUUACUGAGAGGAAGAGGAUACCUGUGGUGAAGAAUGUUACAAAGAAAGAGGAGCCGGUCCGCCCUAAGAAGACUGUUAGAUUCCGCGACAGGUUUACUCCCGCCUACAGAAAGAUGAAGAUAUACUCAAGAUACUAUAUGGAGAACACUAGAGGAGUGGAGGAUGUCUGGUACGAAAAGAGAAACGACGAAAUGAAGAAGGCGUUUGAAAAAGAGGAGAAUAAGCUCAGGAGCAGGAGAAAGGAGCUUAGGGCAUAUUCUGAGAUUAUUGACGGGAUGGUGAGGGAUCUGUCGAAGAGGAUAGAAGAGUCGGGCAGGAGGGCCGAGGUGUAUAUGCCAAAGCCGGCACGGACCACGCACUGGAGAAGCGAAGUUGAUGAGGGAGAGGUAUACAGACCCCCAAAUCCUCGGAUUUCCAGAAACCAGAAAGCCUAUGUUCCUCCAGUGGAUGCAUUUAGACAUGUAUCAUCAAGCAGCCUUGAGAGAAAAGACGAUUCAAAUCCGUUUAGAAGGAAUAGAAGGAGUGCACGCAAUAGCUCUUGGUAUUCUGAUAAUAAGGACAAUGAGUCUGGGAGCAACUAA